AGGUGAAGACCUUCGUCCAGGAGGACAUCCCUCUUUACCACAACCUUCAAAUGAAGCAUAUACCUGGUGCAGACCCUGAACUAGUACUUGUAUCGUCCCACUAUGAGGAGUUGGAGAGAAUCCCACUAUCUGAAAUGAAGAGACAUGAAAUCAACCAGCUCUUGAAGGAUCUAGGGUUUUAUAAGAAAGAAAGUCCUGAUGCCCCUGUGCCCCCAGAAUUCCAGAUGGCACCUGCAAAAACCAUUAAGGAAGAAACUCCGGAGGUUGAAGAUGGGAAGGUCAAGGUGGAGGAUACCAAGGAAGAAUUGUAG